UUCACAUUUCUCUCUCUGCAAGAUCUCCCUGCCGUCGCUUUCUCCGGCCACAAUAAAUCAAACGAAACCCCACUUCCACUCUCUCUCUCUCAACUUUCAAGUUCUUUUCUGCCUCCCUGGACAUCGUUGUCAGUUUAAUGAUUUCGUUUUUUAUUGUUUUUUAGAGUAGUAUAGUGUUAGUAUUUAUCGGAAGGAAAUUAAAUGGGAUGAGUCAAAAGUAAGAAAAAGCUGAGUAUUUGCUCGGGAUCGAUGCUCGCCUAGAACCUUCCCUAUUUCUGUUUCUGUCUCAUUAUUUAUUCUCUCUUCAAAAUAUUGCUGUUUGGCUAACAAGAAAAUUUCCCACUGCGGGCAAGGGUGCCUGCCGAUUCUGUAUCAGAAAGCAUAUAGGGGACUAAUUCUUUUAUCUGAUCAAUAAGGAUAAGUUGCAUUUUUCCUCUGUGGUGCUCAAAGUUAUCACUAAAACUACCUGAAAGAACCAUACAAUCUUGCAGCUUAUGCAAUCUAUAUGAACAUGAAACUAGAUGGUCAACUAGUAUUAUUCCAUGGAAAUAUCGACCAUAAGUCUGACUCCAAACUUUUUGGAUACAACGACAUUACUUUGGAUUCAAUUGUAUUCAAAUCUGAAAAUGGGAUUAUGAAUGAAGAUCAGUAUGCAGCCUUAAGCAAUAUGAAUAGCAAGGAAAGCAAUGCAGAUCGGCUAAAAUAUGCUGUAAAUGAUGACGAUGGUCAGGGUGCUUCAAAACUUGAUUAUUCUAUGAGAAUGGAUAUUUCAAAAACUGAUAAUGAGAAAGAAGUAGGAGGUUUCAUAGCACCAACAUCAUUGACUCAUCCUUCACUGAAAACUGAAUCUUUUGAUAAGGACACAGUUUUCUAUGUAGACAAAAGUGUUAUGGAAUCUGAACUUCCAGAGUUGGUAGUUUGUUACAAGGAAAAUACAUACCAUGUCGUUAAGGACAUCUGCAUUGAUGAGGGUGUCCCCUUGCAGGACAGGUUUUUGUUUGACCCUGCUGUGAGUGAGGAUAAUUUAUGCUUAAUUCUGCCUCCCAAGGACAUAGAUUUUGAGAUAGCAAAAGAAAGGGUUGAUCUAAAUAUGUCUAUUCCAGAUGAUCUGAAACUUUCAGCAGAAAAAGAAAAAUCAGCCUAUUUGACCAUUCCUGAUGUUCUAAUAUCUUCCGAAGAAAAGAUUUCUAAAAAUGAAGUUUCUCUUGACUAUGAUUCCAAGAAGUUGACCCCAAUCGGGGAAGCAGAGGUUGAUUCAAAAGAGGAAAUUUCAAACGUUCCAUCCAAAGAGAUUUUGUCACUUGGCGAACUGCUUUCAAUGCCAGAGGUGGGCAGAGAGCUUUCACAACCUGAGUCUGCUCAUGACAGCAUUGAUGAAACUGAACAACAGUCUAUUCAGAGGUCAUAUGAAAGCACAAUCACGGCAAUGGCGUCUGCGAGUGAAGAAUCUGAGAGUGGCAAUGAGCCAGGAUCCUUGGUGAAUCCUGUUGUACAUGUAGCUGAAGAAUCAAAUUUUAGCCAUCAGGAAACAGUCUCUGGAGCUCUCGCCCUGGAUUCUGCAGCAAAGGCAGAUCAAGGCAAUGAUGAAACAGGCUUAUUAGACAAUGAUCUGAAUUCUGCAACUGAGGUAUCAGAAAAUGGAAGCGGAGGCGAAAAUAUGGCAAACCGCAGUGGGGGUUCUGUGCCUGAAUCAAGCUCUUCCAAACCAAAAAGUGCAGGGGAGGAGGAUUAUCAAAAUUGUGGCUCCGAACAUAUUGAGACUUGCUUAUCUGGGACUGACGAGACUAACUUCGUGCCAUUUACAAGUCAAUUUCAAUACAAUCUUGGGGAGACAAGUUUCUCUGCUGCAGGUCCUCUAUCAGGCCUGAUAAGUUAUUCUGGACCAAUUGCAAAUUCUGGCAGUGUCUCUCUUAGAUCUGAUAGCAGCACAACCAGCACCCGCUCCUUUGCAUUCCCCAUAUUGCAGGCGGAAUGGAAUGGCAGCCCUGUAAGAAUGGUGAAAGCUGAUCGAAAGCAUAACCGGAAACAUAGAAAUUGGAGGCAGGGCCUUCUUUGCUGUAGAUUCUGAAUGCUUUUGUUCUGUCGAUAGGUUAGAGUAGAAAAUAUAUAUAUAUAUUCAUGUCAUGAGAAAUUACUAUGGUUUAGGAAGUAGUAUAUACAUAUUUCUCCUCUCUUGCUUGGGAUGCAAGUGUUAGGCUGAAAUUGUCGUGAUCUUAGGUUUGAUCUCAUGCCAUGCCAGUGGAGAUAUAAUCAAUAUCUUAUAUGUUUUCUUGUUAUUUGAUCUCAUUAGCCCCUUACUUUUGGGGAUCAAUUUUAUUUUAAAUUCCUUGCUUGUUGACCAA